AUGGUGAAUCAAAAAGCAAUUCAUGAAUUAUUCUACAAUCCAAUUUCGAAUACGGGUUAUUUGGUAAACAAAAUUAAAAACAUCAACGUAAAGCGCCAUAAAUGUGAUGGCACGUAUGGCCAAAGCAAAUCAAUAAAAUUAAGUCAAUCUCUUGAUGUGACUAUCGAAAACAUUGUCUUAGAGCAAGAAGACAAAGAGUUUUUUGAUAAUUGCUUGGCGGUUGAGCAAGAAGAAGCAAUCAAAGAACGCCUUUUGAAAACGUUGGAGGCGAGGAAAAAUAUAUUAAAGAAAUCGAUUGACAUAUUUAAGGAAUUUAAAUUUUUCACAUUCAACAGCAAUUUGAUUUUAUACGAUUUUUCCAUUCGUUAUCCUGGGACAGAGCAACUCUUUUUAAAUCAGUGGAAAAACUAUGCAAAUGUAGCUAAAGAAAUUUUUGUGGAAUUAUUUGAAGAAAAAAGCAUUAAGGAAAUAGGAGAUUGGAAUCAGGAAAUAUCAUCAUUCCUUUUGUUGCUCCGCAUGCUUCCAUCCACUUCUCAAGGCCCAAAAUCAAGAGAAAAAAAGAGAUCAAAUUUUGAAAACUCGAUCCCGAAACUCAUUAAGUUCGAACAUCUUAACACCCCAAGAGAAAAUUAUGAUCUCUCAGAAAAGCAGCCCCACAUAAUAGCAGUUGGAGCCAACAAACAAGCGGUUUCACAGUAUUUGAUUGUUUUCGACAAAACCAUUUUACCCUGUGCAAGUACUUAUAAUUUUUGUCAAAUUUUUGAUCUCUAUUUUAAAAUAUUUUACGUUUUCAAUAUUGAAUUCGACUAUAGUUAA